AUGGGCUUGAGAAUCACGACUUGGAACGUGAACGGCAUAAGGAACCCGUUCGGGUACCAGCCAUGGAAUCAGACCCGUACCUUCCAGGCCAUGUUCGAUAUCUUAGAGGCCGAUAUCGUAGUCAUGCAGGAGACCAAGAUUCAGAGAAAAGACCUCCGCGAUGAUAUGGUUCUGGUACCUGGCUGGGACGUCUACUUCAGCCUCCCGAAACACAAGAAAGGCUAUUCUGGAGUGGCAAUAUACACGAGAAACUCGAAAUGCAGUCCCAUACGCGCCGAGGAAGGGAUCACUGGUGUUCUCUGUCCUCCAAACUCUACCACCAAGUUUCGAGACCUCCCCCCUGAUCAACAAAUUGGCGGUUACCCAGAGCCCAACCAACUGUCCAGCGGACUGGAUGAAGCUACUCUCGACUCAGAAGGCCGUUGUGUCGUUCUUGAGUUCCCCGCCUUCGUUCUCAUCGGCGUUUACAGCCCUGCCACAAGAGACGAAACCAGAACCGAGUUCCGCCUGGGCUUUAUAGACGCUAUGGAUGCCAGAGUCCGUAAUCUCGUGGCCAUGGGCAAGCAAGUGAUUCUCACUGGCGAUCUCAACAUUAUACGAUCCGAGAUCGACAGUGCCGGCCUCAUGGAUCAACUUCGGAAAGAAGGCAUGACGAUGGAGGACUUCUUCUCCAUGCCAUCUCGACGCUUCUUCCACCAGCUCAUCUUUGAGGGUCAAGUCACCGGAGAAAGGGAUAAAGGGCGAGAAGAGCCGGUGAUGUGGGACAUUUGCCGAGUGUUUCAUCCCGACCGACUCGGCAUGUACACCUGCUGGGAAACAAAGAAGAAUGCUCGCCCCGGAAACUUCGGCAGCCGGAUUGAUUACGUGCUCUGCAGCGCCGGCAUGAAAGAGUGGUUCCAAGACUCAAACAUCCAAGAAGGUCUCAUGGGCUCCGACCACUGCCCCGUUUAUGCGACUCUUGCCGAUGUCAUCAAACUCGACGGAAAAGACGUUCGUACUCUUGACGUCAUGAACCCCCCCGGCAUGUUUGAGGAAGGUCAAAGAAAGAAAGAAUGGACAACAAAGGAUCUUCUCCCGCUAUCAGCUAAGCUUAUCCCGGAAUUUGACCGGCGGCGCAGCAUACGGGACAUGUUCUCCAAAAAGGGAGGCGCCUCGAAGCCAAAAGACCAAAGCGCUGCAGCGGGAAGCAAGAAGAUACCUGAGCAGGAUUUGGCACCACCAACUCCACUGCCUCUGACUACAACGCCUGAGGCUGUACUCGAUGAAGACCCUGCCGUCGGCGAUGACCCCUUUGCCAUUCCACAGCAUCCCUCAAGAGCUAUACCUAUCACUACACCCAAGCGACAAGCAUCCACGGUCUCAGACCGACCACAGAAAAAACAGAAGCCGUCUCUCGUGAAGCAGGGUUCAAAGUCAACAAGUGGGAAGGCACAGAGCAGUCUUACCGGGUUCUUCAAACCCAAGACCGCGUCCCCAAGCAAGAAGGAAUCCGAGGAGCCGGAAUCGCCAUUUGGGACCGAGUCGCCGCAGAAAGGUAGAACCUCCAUUCCCGUGCUGUCACUUCGAGGUGCUGACAUUGAAAGUGACAUACUCGCCGGUCUCCCGGUCUCCUGGACCGGCAACCCCCGAAAAGGCAGGCGAUGA